CCAGGGGAGUAUGCUGAAGGCGUCAGUGAGCGAGACAUCCUGCUCAUUCACUCCUGCCGCCAGUGGACAACGGUGACAGCUCACACUUUGGAGGAAGGCCACUAUGUCAUCGGGCCCAAGAUUGACAUCCCUCUGCAGUACCCAGGGAAGUUCAAGCUCCUGGAGCAGGCCCGGGAUGUGCGGGAGCCAGUGAGGUACUUCAGCAGCGUGGAGGAAGUGGCUAGUGUCUUCCCUGACCGCAUCUUUGUGAUGGAAGCCAUAACCUUCAGUGUCAAGGUGGUGUCGGGCGAGUUCAGCGAGGACAGCGAGGUGUACAACUUCACGCUGCACGCGGGCGACGAGCUCACUCUCAUGGGCCAGGCGGAGAUCCUGUGUGCCAAGACCACCAAGGAGCGCUCGCGCUUCACCACCCUGCUGCGCAAGCUGGGCCGGGCAGGGGCGUUGGCCGGGGUGGGUGGCCCAGGGGGCACCGGGGCCGCAGGCGGCAGCGCCAGGCCCGUCAAAGGCAAGAUGCCCUGCCUCAUCUGCAUGAACCACCGCACCAACGAGAGCCUGAGCCUGCCCUUCCAGUGCCAGGGCCGCUUCAGCACACGCAGCCCCCUGGAGCUGCAGAUGCAGGAGGGCGAGCACACGGUGCGCGCCAUCAUUGAACGCGUGAGGCUCCCCGUGAACGUGCUGGUGCCUAGUCGGCCGCCGCGCAACCCCUACGACCUGCACCCGGUGCGGGAGGGCCACUGCUACAAGCUGGUCAGCAUCAUCUCCAAGACGGUGGUGCUGGGGCUGGCGCUGCGCCGCGAGGGCCCGGCGCCGCUGCACUUCCUGCUGCUCACAGACACCCCGCGCUUCGCGCUGCCGCAGGGCCUGCUGGCGGGGGACCCGCGCGUCGAGCGCCUUGUGCGCGACAGCGCCUCCUACUGCCGCGAGCGCUUCGACCCCGACGAGUACUCCACGGCCGUGCGCGAGGCGCCGGCGGAGCUGGCCGACGAGUGCGCCAGCCCGCGCCGCGCGCGCCUCUGCCUGACCGCGCCCCCGCGCGUCCCUGGGCCCGCCCGUGUCCCCGGUCCUCCUGGAGACGGCGACCAGGAGUACAUGAGCCCCGACUGGGCCGGUGCGCCGGAUCCCGGCCCCUCGCCCGCCGAGAUCCCCUAUGAGGAGCUGUGGACACACCAGGCGGCCGAGGGCCUCACUGAGGGCCGGACCCGACCGCCCCUGGGGCCCGACCUCAUCUCCUUCGGGGCCGUGGGGCCGCCCCGCCUGGAGACCGAGGCACCGCCGCCUCCCGUCCCCCCGAAAUCCGAGGCGGUGAAUAAGGAGUGUCAGCUGCUUAAUGCCCCACCUGUGCCUCCCCGGGGUGGCAAUGGUAGUGGCCGGCUCUCGGGCAGCCCCCCGGUGCCCCCACGCUUCCCCAAGCUGCAGCCUGUCCACUCGCCCAGCUCCAGCCUCUCCUACUACUCCUCUGGCCUCCAGGAUGGGGCGGGUUCCCGCAGUGGCAGUGGCUCCCCAUCACCAGAUGCCUACUCCCUCUAUUGCUACCCAUGCACCUGGGGAGACUGCAAAGUAGGCGAGUCCUCCAGCCGCCCACCCCCAGGACCCCUGCCCUCAACCACACAGCCCAGCCAGGCCUCUCGGGCCCUUGCAGAGCCCCCGAGCAGUCGAGCUGCCUCCCUCUUGGGGGCUGACACCCCUGUCAAGACCUACCACAGCUGCCCGCCCAUUUUCAAGCCCUCUCACCCCCAGAAACGUUUUGCUCCGUUUGGAGCUCUCAACCCCUUCUCCGGGCCUGCCUACCCCUCAGGCCCUUCAGCUGCCUGUGCUUCUGGGUCCACAAGCACCUCGGGUCCUCUGGCUACCUCCAGCCCGGCUUAUUCUCCAGGCCCAGGCUCGCCAGGCCAGGCCUGUUCAGCUGCUCCCACCUCCUCCUGUCCCACUUCCUCCUCCUCUUCCUCUGAGUGGCAGGAACCAGCCCUAGAGCCCUUUGACCCCUUUGAGCUAGGGCAGGGUGGUUCUCCAGAGCCUGAGCUGCUGCGUUGUCAGGAGCCCAGAGCUGUGGGGGGACCUGGACCCCGCCUUUCACCACUUGGACCCCCCAAGACCUUUGAGCCUGAAGGUUUGGUUCUGCGGCAGGUCCCCGCCCCACUGUCACCAGCGGCCCUGCAGGGGCCUGAGGCAGGUGGAGCACGACUCCUUCUCACCCAAGGGCGCCUAGAAGGGCCUCCUGCCAGUCCCUGGGAUGGGGCCACAGGCUGGGGAGGCCGGGAUGCCUCCUCCUGGCAGCCCCCUGCUGACCUGUCUGCACUGUCCCUGGAGGAGGUCUCUCGCAGUCUGCGCUUCAUCGGGCUCUCAGAGGACGUGGUGAGCUUCUUUGCCCGAGAACGCAUCGAUGGCAGCAUCUUUGUGCAGCUCAGUGAGGACAUCCUGGCAGACGACUUCCACCUCACCAAGCUGCAGGUCAAGAAGAUCAUGCAGUUCAUCAAAGGCUGGCGGCCCAAGAUCUGACCUUCUCAGCUUGUAGCUCCGCAACUGGAAUGCUGGCAUAGAGGCCCUGGGGCCAGCUGUGGGUCUGCAGGGAGACGGCACUCCCAGAGGCAGGUUCUGCCUGUGGGGAGGAUCUAUGCCAAGACUGAGGCUGCUGGGUAGCUACUCAGAGUGAAUCCAGGGGAGACACGUUUGGAAAUGGGAUCCUCUGGGGUCAGACCUCUGCAGACGACUGGAGGCCCCGGUGCGCACCUGGGCCUGGUGAGGCAUUUGCUGCGAUUCCUAUGGUGGGGUCGAAAGCUGGCCUUCGUGGUGACCUUUUACCUUCCUGUACCCUGCUCCAGAGCUUCACAGACAUCUUGCACUUCUCAUGCUUCUAGGUUCAGGUCAGAGACAAGGGAAGAUGGUCUAUAAUUUAAGCACAAAUUCCCCCAAGUGCCCUUUCACCUCUGUGCUCCAUGGGCUUUUGGCCUAAGCUGCCCCAGGGUCGGGGUGCCAGUUUUGGGACCUCUAGGAUGCUCUUCCCAUCUCCCUCUGCUCCCAUGAGUUAGGUCCCUGGCCCUGAGAUCAGGUGUAUAAGUACAAGCCCAUGCCUACUGCACCUCAGAGGCUGCACCUCUGGGUUCUGGUCUGUGGGUGAUGACUUUGGAAGAUCACAGCUCUGCUGUUGACCUACUCAUCCAGUAGGGAGGCAGAUGCUCCCCUAAUGUCUAGUGCCCUGGGUUCUCACUACAUCUAGCCCUCCAAACUGCUGGGGUGGGUCCAGUCUGUGAAGAAUGACUCCCUGGAAAAGCGGGUCAAGUUGGCUGCUCCUUGAUUUUUGAGUCUUGUGGUUUUCCAUCAUGCUUGCUUCCACCAGGCUCCUGCCGCUGUCACUUGAUUCUGCCAAACACCUGGUGUCCUUCCCUAGUUUUCUGUCACUGGCAUAGGUAGGACGGGUGAGAGAAAGCAUGGUGGCUUGGGAAAACCUGCCUUUCCCCUCCACUUGGAACUCAGUCACCCUGCACCUGCUCACAUGCGUCAGGCAGGUCAUGGUGCCCUGGACCUAAAGCAUGGUGAUCCAGUUGGCACCCAGAGCAGGCUGGCCGUUGUGUGUAGCCACACACUCCUCCGAGCUCUUCCCCGUCUCACCUUCCCAGGGCUAUACUGAUCCUCAUGCUCAUUAGUGUCAGGCCCCUGAGGUGCCAGCCUUCUCUUCUGCCUUACCUAACCUACCUAGAUAUUUAUUUCCUCCAUCUUUGUCAUAAGAGUAUUGAAGCCAUGCUGGUGCUCGUGCCCCAAGCAGGCUGCCUCAGCUCCGAGGAAAGGGGAGUCAGGAAGUAGAGCACAGAAACUGAUGCUGAGACAUUGGGUUUCCUGGCCGAUCACUUAAUGAAUCCUCAAGGACUAGUGAAAUAAAUGCCAGACCACUGAAGACUAGUGCAAGUGGAA